AUGUGCCGCUUCCUGGUAUACAAAGGUAGUGACGAGAUUCUACUCUCCAAGCUGAUCCUCGAUCCGACGCACUCGAUCCUUAAGCAGUCUUUUGAUUCGCGACUACGACUGGACACGCGACGCGGACAGAACAACGCGGAUGGCUUCGGUAUUGGCUUUUACACAGACCCGAAGCUAGGCUCUGCCCCAUGUCUCUUCACAUCCACAACGCCGGCGUGGAACUGCGCAAACCUUCAGAGAAUAGCUUCGAAAACUGCCUCCCGACUCAUCUUCGCCCACGUCCGCGCUACCACGGAAGGCUCCACGAACGAGGACAAUUGCCACCCCUUCACCCACGGCAGCUUGAUGUGGAUGCACAAUGGCGGACUCGGUGGCUGGAAGUACAUCAAGCGCCGCCUAGGCAGCCAGCUAGCGGACAAGUGGUAUUUGCGCGUCCAAGGUGGCACCGACAGCGAGUGGGCGUUCGCCCUCUUCCUCGAUACCUUGGAGCGUCUCGGCCACAACCCUAGUGCCUGCCCUCCCACCGGGUUCGGUCCGAUUGUUCUGCGCAAAGCUGUCGAGCAAACCAUUGCCAAGAUCAACGAACUCACCGACUCUAUACCGAAGGAAAUAUUGGAGAGCGAGGACGUCGACACCCGCAGUCUGCUCAACUUUGCCGUCACAGAUGGCCACAGCACCAUCUGCACCAGAUACAUCAGCAGUGCGCGUGAUGAAGCCGCCAGUCUCUAUUAUUCCUCUGGAACACGAUGGAAUACGAGGACUAGCGCCACCGACGACAGGCAGUACCACAUGGAGCGUCAGGACAAGGGUGCCGAUAUUGUUCUGGUGGCCAGCGAGCCUCUAACGUUCGAGCGAGAGAACUGGGUCAACGUGCCUACCAACUCCAUUCUAACGAUUCACCGGCAGACGGUCAUGGUACAUCCAAUACUUGACAAGUAUUUCGAAAGGGAUCCUCACCAUGUGCGCUCCAGUGCAUUUGUGCACACAAAAGGCCUUGUGUCCAACGAAAAGGCCCCGAGCGGUUCGCUCAGUCCCGGUAUCGACGCACCCUCUUCGAGCAUUUUUGAAAACAUCAAGAGCAUUGGCCAGUCAUCGUUGUCAAGGAGCAUAAGUCCCGACUUUGCGCGCUUGUCUUUAGCCCCGACAGGCGCCAGACCGCUUCUGACCACUCAGAGAAGCAAGGCGUCUUCAUAA